UUUUACAAGAGAGAACAAACAGAGACAGGGUUUUAAGUCAUCGAGAGGAAGAAAUAACAAAAUUAGAGGGUCGUUUAGUAAAUGCUCAGACUGACCGAAGCUCUCUGACUGCCAAAGUUGCCACACUGGAGAAAUCCAUGAAAGAUGCCAACAAAAGCAAUGACCUUUUGAAAAACAAGAUCUCAGCAACAGAAAAUGCAGGGAAGAGAAACGAAGCUGCACUGGCGGAACUUUCCAAUCUGAAAUAUCAACUUGAAUUGAAAGACAAAGAAAUCCACAGACUUUGCCAGGAGUUAGAUACCUUGAGAAAAUCUCAACUGUCUGAUUUUGAAUUAUUUGAAUCUAUUAUAGUCUCUCUGGAAAACAAAGUUGAUAAUUUUGCAGAAGUUGGUAAACUUUGUGGAUCUCCUCAGAAAAUUGAAUCAAUAAAAACAGACUCAAACAAAACGGGGGAACCAGUUCCAGCUAGUGGGAAACCAGGCACAUCAAAGAGAAAUGUUGAGAAACUUAAAAAUAGAUUUGAGAAGGCCAUUCUGGUGUACAGCAGUAAGGUGGACAGUUUGAGACACUCCAUGCAGGAGAAGUAUAACACAGCAAGACAAGAACAGGAAAGUUUAGAAGCCACACUUAGAAAAACAGAAGAAAACAUGUUACAGCAGUCUAAGGAGAUACAGACAGAGAGAGAAAAGACAAAAGACCAGAGGAAGUUGCUGUACAGUAAGAUCAGGAGCCUUACAGACAGGAACUGGACCAAGGAGGAUGAAGUCAGAUUUCUGAAGGGAGAGGUAUCGGCAGUGUCCAAUCUGGCCGGGGAGAUGGACCAGGAAACUUUUGAGCUGGAGGCUGAGGUUGCUGUACUGACGGAGAAGAUGGAUCAGUUAGAAGAGGAGAAAAAUACUUUGAAUGAAAACAUAAGGAUUCUAAUGGAAAAAUUUCAGAUUCUGGAGAAAAAUCAUGGACAAGAGAGAAAGUUCAGUGGAGAGAUUAUAGAGAAUCUGAAGUACCAGCUAGGUAUUGCUCAGACAAGUCUUGCUGACAUCCAGAAAGAGAAAUGUUGUCUGGAGGAAAAAAAUAAUGAGCUUAUAAGGAAAAUGCAUGACCAGUUGGAAGAAAUAGAAAAUCUUGCAUUUCAGCUAGAGGAUAAAGAAACAAAAUCUGAUGAAAUGGCAGAGCUUAUUAAGGAGAAAGAGAACAUGAUAACAGACUUAGAUGUACAACUGGUCGGGGCAAAGAUUGCGAUGGAGCACCUGCGAGAGCAAGCAGAGGUUAAGGAGAAGGAAGUGGAAAUGCUGAAGGCAGAAAUCCAGGAAGAAGUGGAAUCAUUAAGAAGGCAGUUACAGGAAGAAGAAGAGCUUCACCAGAGAACAGCCAGAGGCCAUGCUGAUCAAAUUAUUGAUUUGGAAAAAAGAGAGCUAAGUUUGGUUGAAGAAAACGAGAAACGUGGAAAGGAAGUUGAAAAAUUCACAGAAAGAUGCACAGAGUUGGAAAAUAUGAUAGAAAAUCUGAAUGCUGAAAUUUCAAAUCUCACAAAGCAGUCAGAGAAUGAAUUAAAACGCUUGUCUGAUACUAAAGAAAAUGAGCUAAAGACACUAGAAGCAAAUUUACAGAAAGUAAGAGAAGAAAAUGAAAAACUUGAACGAACCAUCACCGAGAAAGAGGACAGUUUGUUGAACUAUCAAGCCACAAUAUCAAGUCUAGAAGAAAAAAUGGCAAUUCUUAGAGCUGAUGCUGAAUCUUUGGAGAGGGAAUAUGAGGAAUUAAAACAGAGUCACGGAAACACCGUUGAAUCUAUCAUGAAGAAGGCAGAAGACAGAAAGGAGGAAAAUGUUAAACUGAAAGAAGAUUUAGAGUGUAUCAUCAAAGAGAAACAUGAAUUAUUCUGUAAAGUGGCUGAAUUACAAGUGAGCUUCACAGAGGCAGACUCUUCUAUAGCAGAGAAACAAAAACUGAUAGAAACUUUGUCAGAAAAGAAUGGCAAUCUGGAAGAACAAGUGAGAACCAUGUCUGAAGAGAAAGAGACAUUAGACAUCAUUGUUACAGAGCUGAAUGUGAAACUGAAAGAAGCAGCAGAGGAUAUUGUGAGAGAAAAGAGUUUACUAUUAGUGACAGAAUCCACAUUGAAGGCUCAGCUUGAACAGCUACAGCAGGAAGUGGAGAAAAACAAAGAUGAAUGUGUUAAGAAAGAGAAAGAUGUCACAAGUCUGUUAGUGGAAAACAGUCAGCUUAUGAAGGAGAUUGACUACCUAAACGCUGUAAAAGAACAAGACCUUGACCAGAUGUCUGAACAACUGGUUGGUUUUGAGGAAAGAGUGAAACAAUUAAUUGAGGAAAAAGCUAGUCUGUACCAAAAAGCAGCAGACAUUGCAACAGAAAAAGAAAAACUGGAAGUGGAGAACCUGAGGUUGAAGAACCAGGCAGAGGAAGCUGUUGAUGAUUUGGAGAAAGAGAAGUUAACGUUAACGGAGAAAGAGGAGUCCAUGUCAGCACGUCUGAAUAAGCUUCAGGAACAAAAGCUCUCUGAUGAACAAGUGAUCACAACAUUGCGUAGAGAGUUGAAGGAGGCAGUGGAGAAAAUGAAAGAUCAAGAGACCAUCUGUGAACAGUUAACUAAAGAGUCCAUAUCUGUACUUACUGCUAAAAAAAGUCAAAUUCAGGCACUGGAGUUAAAACUAAAUGCUGUUACUGAGGAGAAUUCAUGCUUGACUGAUCAAAUGGGUCAAGCAGAACAAGUUAAAUGUAAACUGAAAGCAGAAGUGGAAGAUCUGAAAGUAAAGAUCACAAAUAUAACAAAAUCCCAUGAUGCUGAAGUACAAAAACAUUUAGACAAUAUUCAAGAACUUCAGAAAUCACUUUACAUAUCCACAAAUUCCAACCAGAAGGAACUUAAUCAGCUACAGAGUGAGUUGUCCAAUGUUGUAAAGAAGAAGAUGGAGGACAAUAAACUGUUCACAGAGAAGAUCAGCAAAGCUAAGUCUGAGUUACAGAGUGAGAGGCAGAUAAGACAGACAUUAGAGGAGGAUUUUAACCUUCUGAAGAGCAAGUGUAGGGACCAGGAGACUGCUAAUCUGGCUCUUACCAAGAGUGUAGACAAACUGGAGGAAGAACGAGAUCUUUUGAAGUCACAGAACCAGGAUCUUGGUGAACAGAUUUUCCAGAAAGAGGACAAAGAGCAAGAAUUGUUGACUGAAAUCCAAAAACUACAGAGUGCUUUGAAAGACAUUGAAGUGGAGAGUUUGGAGGAGAAAGAGAAACACAGACAUGAAAUUGAUGCCCUUAGAGAGUCCAUUCAUGCUCAGACUAACCAAGAAGAACUAGAUAAUAUGACUGCUGAAGCUGAAAAAUGGCAGAAACUAUUUGAGGAUCUUCAGACUAAAGUGGAACCUUUUAUGGAGCAGUUGGAUGCUUUUGAAUUAGAAAAGCAAGCUCUUUUGGGCAGGAGUAAUCAUGCCCAGGCUGAAAUGGACAAAUUAUCAAGUCAGUAUGCCAAACUUCUAGGACAUCAAAAUCAGAAACAGAAAAUCCACCAUGUGACCAAAAUCAAGGAGGAAAAUAACAGCCUGAAAAGGGAGAUGACUAUGCUUAAAGAGCAGAUAACCAAGCAAAAGAGAACCAUCCAGAAACUUGAAGAAAAGGCUGGCACAACUGAUGGCAAGAAAAAGUUUGACCCCAGUACGGCCUUCAAACACAGUAAAGAAAAUCUGGCACCUGCAUCAUCACCACUCAAAGAUGGCAACAGGAAAUAAGGAUUCUGGCAGAGUUAGUACAAACAGACAGGAUAGGCAGCUUAUAACUCAGGAUAUAUUUUUAAAAAUCCCAUUUUUCUCAUUUUUAAUCAUUUUUGCUAGCGAGUUGUAUUAGAUUUUAGUUAAUUUUAUAAUAGUCACUGCUAGGUUUACAGACAGUCACUCUGUAGUUUAGUGUUGCUGAUUGUCAAAUUUGAACACAUAUCAAUUAUGUAUUCAAUAAACUAUAAAAAAUU